GGGCGCGCGUGAGCGAGCGAGCGAUCUCGGGGAUGCUCCCGGGAGCGCGCGGCUCGUUGCAAGGAGCGGCGCCGCUACCCAGACCCAGUUUAAGCUGGCGAGGCGGGACCAGCCACAGCGGCUUAGCGAGGCGCAUCUGCUAUUUUUCUCGAGAAACUGCUGGCUCCGAGAAGAUGAGUAUUUGAAGCGAGACGUUUUGCUUUACCACGCGUGUAAUUACCCGGCAGCAUCUUAAUCAACUGGACCAAUCGCCACUUCUCGAUAUUUCCGACUUGCAGGCGAAUAUGGGUUUGUAGCCUUUCUCACUCGAUCAGGUCUUACUCUAGCUGUUGUGCAAAUAGCUGUCAAGGUAUAACCAUCCACGAUGACACCUUACAGCUGGCAGGUUUGCUUCCUGCAGAUAGUAUUUACCUUCACUCUUACUGGAGCUGUAUCUCUUCAUCACGAACAACCAAAGGUGCUACUGGUGUCAUUUGAUGGUUUUCGUUGGGAUUACAUCCACAAAGUUCCAACACCAAACUUCCAUUAUGUCAUGGAAAAUGGUAUUCAUGUAAAUCGGGUUACAAAUAUUUUCAUCACAAAAACUCUUCCGAACCACUAUUCUCUUAUAACCGGCCUGUACGCUGAGAGCCACGGAAUUGUAGCUAAUGAAAUGUAUGAUAAGGUUUUAAAUAAAUCUUUCUCUAUGGAGGGAAUGGAAAUGUUUGAUCCAGUUUGGUGGGAGAGGGCCUAUCCACUUUGGAUAACAAACCAAAUGCAAGGCCAUCAGAGUGGAACAGUAAUGUGGCCUGGUACUGACGUUCAAAUACAUGGCAUGUACCCAACUCACUACAUGAAGUAUAAUAUUACUGUUUCAUUUGAAGAUCGAGUGGAUCAACUGAUUGAAUGGUUCAGAGGAAUAGAACCUGUUAAUUUUGGCCUCCUGUACUGGGAGGAGCCUGACCUUUCAGGUCAUAAUUUGGGGCCAGAUAAUCCUCUCAUGGACAGGAUCAUUGCAGAUGUUGAUCUAAAGCUUGGUUAUCUGAUAGCAGAAAUUCAGAAAGCAGGACUGUGGAACACAAUCAACCUGAUAGUCACAAGUGACCAUGGGAUGACUCAGUGUUCUAGAGAGCGAAUUAUUGAAUUGGACCAAUAUGUAGAUUGUGAGCUGUACACAUGGAUUGACUUCACACCAGUCUCCGCUAUUUUGCCCAAGAAAGGCAAGCACAAUGAAGUGUAUAAUGCAUUGGUGAAUGCUCACCCCAACAUGACAGUCUACAAGAAAGAAGAUAUUCCAGAUCAUUUUCAUUACAAACACAGUGACAGAAUUCAGCCAAUUUUACUUGUGGCAGAUGAAGGCUGGACCAUCAACCAAAACAAAACAUUUGGAAAAUUUACAUUGGGUGAUCAUGGAUAUGAUAACAGGAUAAAGAGCAUGCAACCAAUAUUGAUUGCCCAUGGCCCUGCUUUCAAGAAGAAUUUCAGCAUGGAAUCCAUAAGCAGUGUUGACCUCUAUCCGUUACUCUGUCACCUGUUGGGAAUUGACCCACUGCCAAAUAAUGGCACCUUUAAAAAUAUUCAGAAAUUAUUAGUUUCUGUAAGAGUGAUCACAGCUGGAAUUUCAAUAAUGGACAUUGAGUCCCAAAAUGGAUUAAACAUGUAUGCAUGGCCAGGUAUUCUUCUUGGAAGUAUUUUAGUUGUUGGAUUUUUAAUCGUAUUUGUCCAGAAAAUGACAAAAAGCCAGAUGUCGGGAUUGAAUGUUUACCAAGGUGAGAUGGCUCAACCCUUACUGCUGAGUUAAAUCCAGGACUGUUAUCUGUAUCUUAAUAUUUGAAUGUGCUAUCUGUUAUUUGGCUUUUAUUUUCUCAAAAUUCAAUUAAUCCAGUUAUGUGAUCCUAACUUUACAAGUCAAUGAUGAUUUCUGUUAGUGAAUUCCAGAUGUUUUCACAAAGAAGCUUUGGAUAGACAGCAAUGAGUACUUUUAACAUAUAAGUGAUGUGCACAAGUGAUGUAACAUUUCAGAAUAAAUAACUAUAAUAAUGUUACAGGAUUCUGGUGAGGAUAUGUCAAGAAAUAAUUGUUAAAAAUAUUAUGUUCUAAAUAUAAUUAUGAAUGCAAAUCCAUACUAUAAUCUUGUGGGGAAUUGCAACCCAAAACAACAUGUCAUACGUAAAAUGCUUAUAGAUCUUGCAAUGUUACGAAGAAAAAUAUCUCUCUAGUUUCAAGCUACAUCAUCUUAUUAAAUAAUCUACCUAAACA